UCGAGUGGCUGCAGCUGGGCGAGUGACAGCCCCAGCUCCGCGCGCCGCGGCCGCCAGAGCCGGCGCAGGGAAAGCGUCCGCGGCCCCGGGCGGCAGAGCGGCCGCCUUCUCCCGCGCCUCCCGGGCCCGCAGCCCGCGCUACCGCGGCCCCUGGCCGGCACCUCUCGGGCUCCCGCUACCCGCGCGCAAGAUGGCUGACCCGGCUGCGGGGCCGCCGCCGAGCGAGGGCGAGGAGAGCACGGUGCGCUUCGCCCGCAAAGGCGCCCUCCGGCAGAAGAACGUGCACGAGGUGAAGAACCACAAAUUCACAGCCCGCUUCUUCAAGCAGCCCACCUUCUGCAGCCACUGCACCGACUUCAUCUGGGGCUUCGGGAAGCAAGGAUUCCAGUGCCAAGUCUGCUGUUUUGUCGUGCACAAGCGGUGCCAUGAGUUUGUCACUUUCUCCUGCCCAGGUGCUGACAAGGGUCCAGCCUCCGAUGACCCCCGGAGCAAACACAAGUUCAAGAUCCACACGUACUCCAGCCCCACGUUUUGUGACCACUGUGGGUCGCUGCUGUAUGGACUCAUCCACCAGGGGAUGAAAUGUGACACCUGCAUGAUGAACGUCCACAAGCGCUGCGUGAUGAACGUCCCCAGCCUCUGCGGCACAGACCACACGGAGCGCCGCGGCCGCAUCUACAUCCAGGCCCACAUCGAGAGGGAGGUCCUUAUCGUUGUCGUAAGAGAUGCUAAAAACCUUGUACCUAUGGACCCUAAUGGCUUGUCAGAUCCUUACGUGAAACUGAAACUGAUUCCUGAUCCCAAGAGUGAGAGCAAGCAGAAGACCAAAACCAUCAAAUGCUCCCUCAACCCGGAGUGGAACGAGACAUUUAGAUUCCAGCUGAAAGAGUCGGACAAAGACAGAAGACUGUCUGUAGAGAUUUGGGAUUGGGACCUGACCAGCAGGAAUGACUUCAUGGGAUCUUUGUCAUUUGGGAUUUCUGAGCUGCAGAAAGCUGGUGUUGACGGCUGGUUUAAGUUACUGAGCCAGGAGGAAGGCGAGUACUUCAACGUACCUGUGCCACCGGAAGGCAGUGAGGGCAAUGAGGAACUGCGGCAGAAAUUUGAGAGGGCCAAGAUCAAUCAGGGGACCAAGGCUCCUGAAGAAAAGACGACUAACACCAUAUCCAAAUUUGACAACAACGGGAACAGGGACCGGAUGAAACUGACCGAUUUUAACUUCCUGAUGGUGCUUGGAAAAGGCAGCUUCGGCAAGGUCAUGCUCUCAGAGCGGAAGGGCACAGAUGAGCUGUACGCCGUGAAGAUCCUGAAGAAGGACGUGGUGAUUCAAGACGAUGACGUGGAAUGCACGAUGGUGGAGAAGCGGGUGCUGGCCCUGCCCGGGAAGCCGCCCUUCCUGACCCAGCUGCAUUCCUGCUUCCAGACCAUGGACCGCCUGUACUUUGUGAUGGAGUAUGUGAAUGGUGGCGACCUCAUGUACCACAUCCAACAAGUGGGCCGGUUCAAGGAACCUCACGCUGUAUUUUAUGCUGCGGAAAUUGCCAUUGGUCUGUUCUUCCUACAGAGCAAGGGCAUCAUUUACCGAGACCUGAAACUUGACAAUGUGAUGCUGGAUUCCGAGGGUCACAUCAAGAUCGCUGAUUUCGGCAUGUGUAAGGAAAACAUCUGGGACGGAGUGACAACCAAGACCUUCUGUGGCACUCCAGACUACAUCGCCCCUGAGAUAAUUGCUUAUCAGCCCUAUGGGAAGUCCGUGGAUUGGUGGGCAUUCGGAGUCUUGCUGUAUGAGAUGUUGGCUGGGCAGGCACCCUUUGAAGGGGAGGAUGAAGAUGAACUCUUCCAGUCUAUCAUGGAACACAACGUGGCUUAUCCAAAGUCCAUGUCCAAGGAAGCUGUGGCCAUCUGCAAAGGGCUGAUGACCAAACACCCGGGCAAACGCCUGGGUUGUGGACCUGAAGGUGAACGUGACAUUAAAGAGCAUGCAUUUUUCCGGUAUAUUGACUGGGAGAAACUUGAACGCAAAGAGAUUCAACCCCCGUAUAAGCCGAAAGCCAGAGACAAGCGAGACGCCUCCAAUUUCGACAAAGAGUUCACCAGACAGCCUGUGGAACUCACGCCUACUGAUAAACUCUUCAUCAUGAACUUGGACCAAAAUGAAUUUGCUGGCUUCUCCUAUACUAACCCAGAGUUUGUCAUUAAUGUGUAGGUGAAUGCAAACUCCAUUGUAAGCCUGGAGUACAAGACUUCAGGGCGAGUGUAUGUAUCUAUUCUAGUCUUCCAGGAUUCAUGGUGCAUAUGCUGGCAUUCCACACGUGGAGAGCUUGUCCUAGAGGGCUUUUCUUUGUAUGUGUAGCUUGCUAGUUUGUUUUCUACAUCUGAAAAUGUUUAGUUUAGAGUAAGCGCUUUAUCCAGUUGUAGAGGUACAAUUUUCCAAACUGCCAGAAACUCAUCAAAUGAACAGACGAUAUCAGAACUACUAUGUCUGAUACCAAAAUGCUUCAGCAUUUGUAAUUUUUAAAGUCAGAAGCUAAUGUUCAUGGUAAAAGUUUUUACAGUUAUUCUAUGAUAUCCCCCUUGAAUGCUAAGCAUGACUGGUAUUUUUAAAUUGUGAGUAAGCUUUGCAGUUACUGUGAACUCUUGUCUCUUGGAGGAAAUUUUUUGUUUAAGAAUUGAUAUGAUUAAACUGAGUUAAUAUAUGCAAA